GCUACAAACCGGAAGUCCCCAUGGAAGUUUGGUAAAUGUGGCUUGAAUGCGCUCCCGUUUGUUAUGAACGACUUUUAUUUUUCAAGAAGUUUCUAGGUAAGCUCGUUUCGUAAUGGAUAACAAGAGACGACACAGAGAAUCUCCUGCCCGGGAUGUGAAGAUAAAAGUCAAGGAGGAAAAAGAGAGCCCCGUGCGGCCUCAGCGGUCACGCCGAUCCUCUUCAGGAUCCAGCCGCGGCAGCAGCAGCCCUCCACCGAGAAGACGAGACAGCAGAUCACCGGUUAGAAGAAAGGACAGAUCCCCAGCGAGAAGAGACCGUUCAUCAGGCAGACAGCAGGAGAGGUCACCUCGACCCCGGAGGAGCAGAAGCCCACAUCGGGGAACUGACGUUAGGAUAAAGCGGGAACAAGAGGAUCACAGAGCAGCCGAAACCCAUAGACAUCGUGAGAGAAGGGAUGAUUCAAAUGACCGCAGGUUAAACAGAGAGGGCGAACGCCCCCGUCAAAGAGAGCGAGACCGAGAACAGGAGAGGCAUAGGGGAAGAGAAAGAGAUGCCCACAUACAGCAGCAACAGCAAGCUGAGAGGGAACAGCAUAAUGAACGCCGACGGGAGAAUCGCUUCAGACGAGAGGCUCACAGCGGCAGUGGGGAUGAAGCUGAGUUCGGUGGUCAACAGAAUAGUGAUUCCGCCCCUGCUGCUGAGAAGGAAAAGCCAAACUUUGAACUAUCUGGUGCCUUGGUGGAAGAUACCAAUACGUACAGGGGAGUGGUGAUCAAGUACAAUGAGCCCCCCGAGGCCCGCAUCCCUAAAAGAAGGUGGCGCUUGUACCCCUUUAAAAAUGAUGAGCCGCUGCCGGUCAUGUAUAUUCACAGGCAGAGUGCGUAUCUACUUGGACGACAGAGGAAAAUAGCAGACAUUCCUAUCGACCACCCUUCUUGUUCAAAACAGCAUGCUGUUUUUCAGUACAGAUUGGUGGAGUUCACACGAGAAGAUGGCACCGCAGGCAGGAGAGUGAAGCCGUACAUCAUUGAUCUGGGUUCCGGUAAUGGCACCUACCUGAACAAUCAGCGAAUAGAUCCCCAGCGUUACUAUGAGCUCAAAGAGAAGGACGUGGUGAAAUUUGGCUUCAGCAGUAGAGAGUAUGUGCUCCUUCAUGAGUUCUCUGACACAGCUGAGGUUGAUGCCAAGAGAGGGGAAGAGGAUGAGGAAGACGAAGGCCUUGAUGAGUAGUACCUGCCCAAAGUUUUCUCCUGGAAUUUUCAAAAUAAUAUUCCCUGUAGGAUCAGGUUGGGCAUGAAUUGCUCAGUGAUUCAUCAUUUCUAUUUGGACAAUGAAACAAUGAUGCUUCAGCCUGCCCUGUGUCUGUAUAACUCUGUUCUCAGGUGGAUAGCUUUUGUAUCGUGUCAGACAGUUGUUCUGUCACACUGCGUAAAGUGUUGCCCUGCAAAGCAAGUGCUCAAUGCCAGACCUAAUUACUAGGUUUCUUAAAAUAUAUAUUUUGGAUACUUUUGAGGUAGUGAAUAUUAUGUCCAGAUUUGGUUACUGUAAAUAUACUGGAUGUAUUAUGUGAGUGCUUGUUUUAUGAGUUUUAGUUACUUUUUAACAUUAGUACUAUUUCUUUGUUAGUCACAUCACUUUACCAGCACUCACGAAGCAAGUAAUCGUUCUUGUGGUUGUUCAGAAAAAAGCAGACUAAAUUGCAAAUAUCAAUAUAUUGUUAGAUGUAAGAUGCCAUCUUUCUUUAGACAUUUUCUACCCUCAUGUAUGAUUUUUUGAUGUUUUGUAAUGUAAAAUAAAGAUCAUGAUCAGGUCAUAA